GUCCUGCCCGAGUCGUAGCCUGGUUACACAGUCCACACUUCCCACUCUAGGGGCGCCCACAUCUCAGCUUUUACCUAACCCCGCCCACUUCCGCCUGAUGCCCCGCCCCAGAGAGGAAGAGCCCCGAGCCCCAGACACUUCUGCCUGUAGACCCGCCCUGACCCCGCCCCGUCUCUCAGCUCCGCCCACUCCCGGCAGGCGCUCGCACCCAGUCCCAAGGGCGGCUUUUCUUAGAGCGUUUACGGCGGUAGUGCCACAAAGCGCUGGAGUGUGGCGGCCUGAGUAAGCUGUCGUCCGGAUCCCAGACCUGCUGCUGGUGAAGUAUGUUAUGUAUAAAAGUGGAUUAAUUUCAUGUUAAGUGAAAAUGGCCAAUUCUUUACGAGGAGAAGUACUGACUCUUUAUAAAAAUCUGCUGUAUCUUGGACGGGACUAUCCAAAAGGAGCAGACUAUUUUAAAAGACGUUUGAAGAAUGUGUUCCUUAAAAACAAGGAUGUGAAGGACCCAGAGAAGAUCAAAGAACUUAUUGCACGAGGAGAAUUUGUAAUGAAGGAGUUAGAGGCCUUAUACUUCCUUAGGAAAUACAGAGCUAUGAAGCAACGUUACUAUUCAGAUACCAAAAACUGAUCAAUUAUUGCCACCAGCCUAGCUAACAAUCAGUGCCAGCUGUUUGCCUGUACCAACUAUUAUAAAAUAAUUCAAUUUAAAAGGGCAAGAUACAUAUUUUUAAAAAAUGAGUUGCCCUAUUGUACUAAAGUAGGUUUCAAUCUUAUUAAUACCGAGAGCUUUGCCUAUAAUCCUUUUAUUAUUGAAAUAGUAACUUUAGCACCUUUCAUGAGAAUUUUGAAAGAAAAUACACCCAAUUUUUAAACAUGUUAUAGCCAACUAUUCUUAAUCUAUUUCUUCACUUACUGAUGAGAUUUUGAUUAGCAAAUGGUGUCUAACAGGUUUACCCUUUAGCUUGGAGUGUCUUUGUUUUUUGUUGUUUUGUUACCCCAUCUAGUAUACUGAAGUGCAUAUUCAAGGCUCUCUACAGACACCUCAAAAUGAUUUAAAUGCAGUUAUUAAAAUAAGACAUGUGAAGGCAACUUCUUUGAUAAGUUCAGUGGAUGACUAGCAUUAUGUCACUAUUAUUCCCAAUUUUUGUGCUGCUGGCCUGCCUUAAGCUCUGAAUCACUUCAAGUAGCUUUCAUGUGGAGUGGUAAUGUUCCUCUAUUUCUGCCAUUAAAGCUGGUGUAUUUUAUGUCUACCUGUAACUGAGUUCAUGUGGCAGCGGACCUAACCCAGGCAGGACUGUAUGUUUAAGCAAAUACUUAAAUGUUUAUGUAAUGUUCUUAGCAAUGUUAUAAAUAAAGAACAUUUCUAACUUAAAAGCUGCAAAGAGUGUUAAUUAAAGGAUUCUAUAUCAAGCUGGAGAGAUGGCUCAGUGGUUAAGAGCACUGACUGCUCUUACAGAGUCCUGAGUACAAUUCCCAGCAACCACAUGGUGGCUCACGACCGUCUUUAAUGGGAUCUGAUGCCCUCUUCUGGUGGGAAGACAGCUAUAGUAUACUCAUAUAAUAACAAACAAAUAAAUCUUAAAA